GCUUCUCAUGCUUCCAGCUGCAGAACGCGUUCUGCUCCCUUGCAUUCUGCUCCUUGUGUCUGUGUGGUGCAAGAUAUCUACUGAACUUGCCUCAGAGCGCAGUUGGAGACGCGUUGCUCACUUUUGUUAUAUCCCUCUUCUUGACAAGUCGCCACUUGCCCAGUGGUACCCUACAAUCGCAACCGCAUUCAUACACUUCGACUGCGCUGAAGGAUACGAGAAUCGGAGACGAGGAUUUCGCGUUGGAUCCAUCGCGUUAAAGCGGUUCAUCGACCAUGGCGGACUACGUGAAUGGAUACGAUCCAGCGGAAGAGUACGAAGAUGAAUACGAGGAGGGCAUCACCGCGGAAGACUGCUGGGCAGUUAUCACGUCGUUCUUUGACGGCACUGGUCUCGUCGCACAGCAGUUGAACUCAUUCGACUUCUUCGCUCUCCAUACGAUCAACGAGAUCACUACUGAUUUCGGGCGCAUCGUCAUCGACCAGAACGAACCCCAGAAUGAAGGCGACAUCGAUCCGAUUAUCAAGCGUCGAUACGACUUGCGAUUCUCUGACCUGCGCAUGUCGGUCCCUCACAUUACGGAGCAGGAUGGUGGCGUUUAUCAAAUCUAUCCUCACGACUGUCGAGUGCGAAACUUGACAUAUGCGUCCUCGAUGUUCGUGAAUUUCGCGACGAAGACGUUGGUGGCGCGAGAGCGACGGGUAGGACAGGCCCUGGACGCGGAUGAGAUGACCGAUGGACAACCGGAGUCGGAGGACACCGAGCUCGUUUGGGAGCAAACCGACGACGACCCGACAUCUGGCCAGGAAGCGCAGCCUUAUAUCGGAAAGAUGCCCAUCAUGCUCAAGUCGCAGAUGUGCUCUCUUCGAAACAAGACCGAUGAGGAACUCUACGCCGUCGGAGAAUGCCCUUACGACCAAGGUGGAUACUUCGUCAUCAACGGAAGCGAGAAGGUCUUGAUUGCACAAGAGCGAAGUGCCGCAAACAUUGUGCAGGUCUUCAAGAAGAAGAACAGCCCGACGCCAUUCAUUGCUGAGAUUCGGAGCGCGCUGGAAAAAGGCUCGCGAAUGAUAUCCUCAGUCACCCUGAAGCUUCACGAGAAGGGCGAAACCUCGAAAGGUGGAUUCGGCAAAACCGUCACCGUUAGUCUGCCAUACGUCAAUGACGACGUCCCUCUCGGUGUCGUUUUCCGUGCUCUGGGAAUCGUUUCCGAUGCCGACAUCCUCAACCAUGUGUGCUACGACAAGAACGACACGCAAAUGAUGGAGAUGCUCAAGCCUUGCAUUGAACAUGCAUUUGCUAUUCAGGAUCAGCAGGUCGCUCUGUCAUAUAUCGGCACGCGAGCAGGCAAACCUGGACGACCGUCGACGAAGGAUGCCCGCAUCCGUACAGCGAGAGAAAUCCUCCAAAAAGAGUUCCUGCCACAUAUUUCGCAAUCAGAGGGCAGUGAAACUAGGAAAGCUUUCUUCUUAGGAUACAUGACGCAUCGCCUCCUGCAGUGUGCUCUGGGACGGAGAGAGGAAGAUGACCGAGAUCAUUUCGGUAAAAAGCGACUUGACAUGGCCGGACCCCUUCUAUCCAAUCUCUUCCGACAGCUGUACCAGAAAUUGACGAAGGAGGUAUACGCAUAUGUGCAGAAAUGCAUUGAAAGCGGAAAGCCUUUCAACAUGUCUCUGGCGAUCAAGUCUAACACAAUCACGAACGGUCUCAAAUACUCCUUGGCUACCGGCAAUUGGGGUCUUCAGAACAAAGCUCAGCAAAGCAAGGCCGGAGUCUCCCAGGUGCUUAACCGGUAUACAUAUUCAUCGAGUUUGUCACAUCUUCGACGAACCAACACACCCGUUGGUCGAGAUGGCAAGCUUGCGAAGCCACGGCAGCUGCAUAAUACCCACUGGGGCCUCGUCUGUCCUUCCGAGACACCCGAAGGUCAAGCAUGUGGUCUGGUGAAGAACUUGUCGCUGAUGUGUUAUGUCAGCGUUGGCCAUAGUGAGGUCAAGACUGGUCUGGAGAAGUUCUUGGAAGCACGCAGCAUUGAGAUUCUGGAGGAAUAUGAACCCUCACUGGCACCAAAUGCCACCAAGGUCUUCCUUGACGGCGUCUGGAUCGGCGUCCACCGCGACCCUUCGAUGCUUGUCCGGUCUCUUAAAGAGCUUCGAGCCAGCAAUCUCAUCCCCUUCGAGGUCAGCAUCAUCUGGGAUAUCCGUGAGCGUGAGAUCAAAGUGUUCUCCGACACAGGAAGAGUACUGCGACCGCUCUUCGUGGUCGAGACAAACCCAUCAAAGCCGAACUACGGCAACUUAGUGCUGAAUCGAGAACAUCUCGAUCAACUUGCCGAAGAUCAAAGAAUCCCACAAGUACAGCUCCGAGAGAUGCAGGCUCAAAAGCAACCUAUCGGAUGGAUGCGGCUUGUCACACAAGGCGUUAUCGAGUACCUCGACGCCGAAGAGGAGGAGACGGCGAUGAUCAUCAUGACGCCUGAGGAGCUAGAAGAUCAUCAUCGUAUCAGGAGCGGCCAGUCUAUGUACGAGGCGGAGGACAUUGAUCCUCUGAGGCGUGUCAAAGGGAAGCCGAAUCCUACGGUGAAGAACUACACUCAUUGUGAGAUUCAUCCUAGCAUGAUCUUGGGUGUGUGCGCAAGCAUCAUUCCCUUCCCAGAUCACAAUCAGUCUCCCCGUAAUACUUACCAGUCUGCAAUGGGUAAACAAGCCAUGGGUGUCAGCGUAACCAACUUCAACCUACGAAUGGACACCAUGAACAACGCCCUCUACUAUCCACAAAAGCCACUGGGGACAACGAGAUCUAUGGAAUACCUCAAGUUCCGUGAGCUUCCCGCCGGACAGAAUGCUGUUGUCGCAAUUGCAUGCUACUCGGGUUACAACCAAGAAGAUUCCGUGAUCAUGAGCCAGAGCUCCAUCGACAGAGGGCUGUUCCGAAGUCUUUUCUAUCGCACAUAUACCGAUCAAGAAGAGCGGAUCGGUAUGGCUGUUGUCGAAGAGUUUGAGAAGCCCAAUCGUGCCAACACUUUGAGAAUGAAGGUUGGUACCUACGAUAAGUUGGACAAUGAUGGUCUCGUCAACCCUGGAGUUCGUGUAUCUGGUGACGACAUCAUCAUCGGAAAAACCGCUCCUAUCCCCCCAGACGCCGAAGAACUUGGCCAACGCACUAAGUUCCAUGACAAGCGAGAUGUCUCCACACCACUUCGAUCCACCGAGAGCGGUAUCGUUGACCGAGUCAUCGUAACUACGAACACGGAUGGCUAUAGAUUUGUCAAGGUCCGUAUUCGAACAACCAAGAUCCCACAGAUUGGAGACAAGUUCGCCUCCCGUCACGGACAGAAGGGUACCAUCGGUGUGACGUACCGUCAAGAAGACAUGCCUUUUACCCGCGAAGGCCUCACCCCUGACCUUAUCAUCAACCCGCACGCCAUCCCCUCCCGCAUGACCAUCGCCCAUUUAAUCGAGUGUCUCCUCUCCAAAGUCGGUGCGCUGCGUGGUGCGGAAGGCGACGCAACUCCUUUCACUGACGUCACGGUCUCCGACAUCUCGGCGCUUCUCGAACAGCACGGUUACCAACGCCGUGGCUUCGAGGUCAUGUACAACGGCCACACCGGCAAGAAAAUGCGCGCGCAGGUCUUCCUUGGGCCAACGUACUAUCAGCGGUUGCGGCAUAUGGUCGACGACAAGAUCCACGCACGUGCCAGAGGCCCCAUGCAGAUCAUGACCCGGCAACCCGUGGAAGGUCGUGCAAGAGAUGGUGGUCUGCGGUUCGGAGAGAUGGAGCGCGAUUGCAUGAUCGCACAUGGUGCGGCGGCGUUUUUGAAGGAGAGGUUGUUCGAGGUGUCGGACGCAUAUCGCGUGCACGUCUGCGAAAUUUGCGGGCUGAUGACUCCGAUUGCGAGCUUGAAAAAGAAGCAAUACGAGUGCAGGCCUUGCAAGAACAAGACCAAGAUCGCCCAGAUUCACAUCCCAUAUGCUGCCAAAUUGCUCUUCCAGGAGUUGGCCAGUAUGAACAUCGCUUCGCGAUUCCGGACGGUGCGAAGUGGCAAAACCGUGAGGGUUUAAGGAGAUCAACAUAAUUUGGGUUGAUGGAUUACAGAAGAAGCGAUCUUCACUAGCGUCGACGCAAAAGUUUCCUGGUUUCUUUUCGGUCAAAUCGAAUCCACUGGCGUGGUCGCGGCAAUAUUUGAUUCUUGACUUUACAGCGACAGUUUGCAUCGGGACGGAGUCAUAUGGUGGGUGAAUGGAGUACACGCCAUGGGAAGAAACCUAGAAUAGUUCAUCGCGUCUGGUGUACAACAGAUAUGGUCUGCGUCGACUGCACAAUAUAAAAUUCAUACCAGUAUCCAUCUGACCCGCCCAUCCUG